AUGAAAAAUGAAAUAAUUAUGAUAGAAAUGAAAAAGCAUUAUGAAAGAAAUAAUGAUCGUAACAAUGAAAGAAAUAACGAAAGAAAUGAUAGAUAUGAUAAUAAAAAUGACAGAAAAAGAAAGGAUUAUCAUCAUUAGAAGAGAAAAAUUAGAAAAUAUUCGUCAAGUUUGUCAAGACCAUCAUCUUCAGUUUCUGUUUCAGUUUCCAAAUCUGAAUCAUCAUCAAGUUCAGAAAAAGUGCCUCGAUGUAGGCCCAAAAAUCAUGAUAAUAUGGUAUUAUUAUUGGAGAAUUACCUGAAAACUUAACUAAGUAAUAAUUGGAUAGUGCAUUUAAUGAGGCAGUUAUGGAUGCUAAUGUUAUUCCUCACGAAGAAACAUCUAUAAUAAAUGCAUUUGGGUAAGCAUAUAUAAAAUAUUGCACUAUCGAUUAUGCAAGAAAAGUCUUAAUAUACUUAAAAGGAAAAAAUCAAUAGGUGAACAUACACUAAAUGUUGAUUUCUAUGAUGAUACUAGUGGUAGAUAGAGAAGAGUAAUGACUAUAAUAAUAAUAAUUAGAAUAGACAUGAAUUAAAAAAUAGUUUAAUUAAUUAGCCUCCUACAAGUUAUGAUUGGAUAUGUGAUAAAUGUGGUUAUGAGAAUUUUGCAAAAAGACACAAAUGCAAUAAGUGUUUAAAUCCAAGAAAUAUACAUUGUAAAUUUUGA